GGAGACCAGAACGAAGAACAUAUCAGGUUGCAGGUCCAAACUCAUUGUGGCACAUUGAUGGAAAUCACAAGCUGAUAAGGUGGAGGAUAGUCAUUCAUGGGGCUAUUGAUGGAUACAGUCGUCUUGUGGUCUUCCUUCAUGCCUCAAACAACAACCGUAGCAGUACCGUUUUAUCAAGUUUCAUCAGAGCCGUGGUAUCCUAUGGUGUACCCUCGAGGGUCCGGACAGACAGAGGAGGGGAAACAAUGCUGUCUGCCUGAUGAUGAACAUUUUCAGAGGCUUUGAUCGUGGAAGCGCCCUAAGAGGAAGGAGUACCCAUAAUCAGAGAAUUGAGAGGCUCUGGGGUGAUCUGUGGCGAGGAAUGACCAAUGUCUACUGUGAUUUAUUUCACCACCUGGAGGAGGAAGGCAUCAUUGACAUUGACAAUGAAAUGCACCUUUGGGCUCUCCAUUACAUCUAUCUCCCAAGGAUCAACAGAGAUUUGAAAGACUUCACUCAACAGUGGAACAAUCAUGGCUUGCGGACAGAGAGACACUUGAGCCCAUUACAGAUUUUUGUCCGAGGCAGCCUCCAGCAACAGGGCCGAGCCUCAACUGCCAUGCAGGACAUCUUUCAGACUAGAGCAGCUGCUGCUGCUGGGACUAUUGGUGGGACAGCUGAUGGUAGUGUGACAGCCACUGAGAGUGAGACGACUGCUGCUCAGGGCUUAGGUACUGAUUCUGGUGGUGGUGCUCAUGGUACAGAUGAGCUGGGAUUGCUGGUCGACUGGCCUGAGAGGAUUACUGUGCCAGACAUCGAAUUUACUCUGGACGGACCGAUGAUGGAGCAAGUGGUAGAACUAUUUAAUCCACUAACUGGCACCAGAGGGAGUCAUGGUAUUGAACUCAUCUCUGGCUUAAUAUACUUUCUGGACUCGACAUAUCACUGACACAGUUCAAUUAUUGACUGAAACAUAAUAGCAGCAAGUGGAAAGACUUCAAAAUAUCUAGGUGACUGGAUACAUAUAAUGUGAAAAGUUAUAAUACGUGUUUACUAUGUACCAUUGAGUAGUGGAGAUACAAGAACGAGCUGUGUGACACUGAAAAUAAAAAAUGUUGAGUGAUUUUUAAAGUGUAUAAGAUGGAAGUUGUGAAAUGGAAAGUAUACAACUGAAGCUGAAUCUCGAUAAAGUCAACUUGAUUAAUCUAAAAGUUACAGCUGUUGAUAUUGAUAAAUACAACUAUAAAGCAGUGACAGUAAAUAAUUAAAAAAUAAAAAACUGUAUAGUAGGUAUUGAAGUGGCUCAGUAUAGU